AACCAUCAUCGCGAGUACGAACCACAACAUGCAGGGAUUCAAUAUGGGACGUUAUGUCCCUCCUGAUCAGGAGGGAUUGAUGAGUGGGAAUCAACUGCAUGGCAAACACGCUCUCGGAGCUCGAGCCAACAAAAUAUCACAAGGAAUCCUCACGGUUCGAUUCGAAAUGCCGUAUCCGAUCUGGUGCACACAUUGCCCGAAGCCUACGAUAAUUGGACAAGGAGUGCGAUUCAAUGCCGAGAAGAAGAAGGUGGGAAACUAUCAUUCGAGCCCGAUAUUUAGCUUUCGAAUGAAACAUGUCGCCUGUGGAGGAUGGAUCGAGAUUCGUACAGAUCCUAAGAAUACGGCAUAUGUGGUCACGGAAGGUGCAAGGAAGAGAGAUUUAGGAGAAGAUAAAGCUAGAGAAGGGGAUGUGAAGAUUUUGACACAAGAGGAAAGGGAGGCAAUAAGGGACAAUGCGUUCGCUGCAUUAGAAGGAAAGGUGGAGGAUAAAAAGAGACUGGAACAGAGCAAGCAACGACUGGAGGACCUACAGGAACUUUCAGAACAACAAUGGGAUGACCCCUACGAGCAGAACAAGAAAUUGAGAAAUCUGUUUCGGGUUGGACGGAAACAGAGGGAGAAGGAUGCAAGUGUCUCGGUUGCUUUACAGGACAAGAUGAGUCUCGGGAUCGAUUUAUUGCCUGAGCACGAAGAUGAUGUAAGAAGAGCUGGUUUCAUUGAAUUUGGGGGAUUGGACCCUGAGAAGGCGGUGGGCAACGCUGUCUCAACGCCACUUUUUAAGACGGAGGAUUCAACUGCAAAAAUGAAGUCCAAACCCUCCAGGCACUCUAAGAAACGGAAAGCAGAUGAUACUUUGAAGCAAAGGACCGCGAAUCUCGCAGCCGAGAUACGAGGUAAUACCAGAGCCGCCAUGGACCCGUUCCUCACAGGAAGUCGAUCAUCCGGCUCAGCCUCGAAACCGUUACUAUUGGGGGUGAAAAAGAAGCGACCAAGACUUGAAGAGAGCCUUGUGCCUACGAGUGGAGCCGGUCUUGUGGACUAUGAUUCAGAUUGAGUUGCGAAGGCGGUGAAUACGGGCAAAGGAGUCAGCGAUGCUGCGAUAGUUGGGGCAUUAUGGGUUGGAGUUGCGAAUGAUACCCUUGGACUUGCUCUAUUUACUCGGUGGCGAUAUGUCCACUAUUUAGUCAAUUAUCUGUGAUGGUAAUUCUAUGAUGAUAUUCCAAAUUCGGUC